UUACUUUCAUUAAGAGAGACAAACAUGGUGUUUGAGAGUUUUGUAUGGUGUGCUAUAUAUAUUUAUAUAUAUGUAUGUGGUCUUUUCUUUUCUUUUUCUCUCCUACAUUGGAUUGUUUCUGGUAGAGGGAGUUUUCCCAUUGCUUGGUUCUCUUUUUGGCUUUUCUCACCUCAUUUUGAGGAAGGAAUGUUUCUCUUCUUGGAUUCUCCAACAUCCAACUUUUCAUUUUUUAUUUUAAUGAUUUCUUUGUACCUGUCUAGAUGGGAUACUAUUUUCUAUUAUAAUUAUUAUUAGUGUUGUAAGUGUGACUGUUAUUGUUAUUAUUAUUAUUCAUUGGUUAUUCAACUUUCGGUAUAUUGCUUUAUUUUUUUUCAAAGGAAACCACCCUCCUAAAUCCCAGAUAAGAGCAAGAACUGUAUUUCAGAAAUUACGUCUAGUUAAUAUACACAAGUUCAAAUCCUAAGUCAUGAUUUAGUCACAACUUUAUCCUUUUCUUUCAUGUUUGGAAAACCGAAAGAAGCCUUUUUUUUUUUGGUAAUGAAGUGUAGUUUCAGUCUACUCUUAUUCCUUCUUUCUCUUCCUUUUUUUUGGCCAUUUCUCAAAUAUACCCACUUGCUCUAUUUAUUUGCCUAAGUGGUCCAAAUUCUAUAGAGACAACAUCACAUGCCCUGGCAUUCCCUCCUUGUCCCCUAUUGCCAAUUAUAUAUAGUAGAACUUGUCACUAGAAACUGAGAUUUUUUUGCGAGGAAGAGUAAUUAAUUGUUUGCUUGCAGUACAUUCUAACCUGAUCUUUUGACCCUUCUAAGUUAGCUAGAUCUACUAUUCAAUUCUAAAUUUCUUAGUCUCCAACUCUUUGGGGCAUCUUUCAUCUUCACAGGAAAAUCUGAAAAGGGUUUGUUUGGUUUGUUGUUUUCAUAGCAAUGGAAAGACUGAACUCGAAGCUGUACUUGCAGAACUGUUACAUAAUGAAAGAGAACGAGAGGCUUAGGAAGAAAGCUCAGAUUCUGAACCAAGAGAAUCAAGCACUGCUUACUGAGCUGAAACAGAAGCUCUCGAAGACCAACACGAAAAACAAUGCUAAAAACUCUAUCCCUGACCUUAAUCUGAGCUCAGGUUCUGGCCAAAAUGCUUCCAGUUCCAACAACUGAUCUUUAUGUGACUAUGUAGCUGGUUUAAGAAUGAAAAUAUAUGUCAUGACCCCACUAAGGCUUACUUUUUUUGUGAAAUACCUUAGUCAACAGCUGUAGUGUUCCAGUAAUUAGUUUAUAUAAAUAUAUAUAUUGGGGGGGGGUUUAAAUGUUCUUCUAUUUCUAUCUUUCUUUUCUUUUUUGGAAUGGGGGGUUAGGAUAUGAAUAUCAGAAAUACAGGGGGAUGUAUCAGCCUAUAUCUGCUAGAAAGCAAUAUAAUAUCAUUGUAGUUUUUUAGUUC